ACUCUCUGGCACGACCCUCGGUGGCGGCACCCGCUCCUCUCAGGCCCCCAUGCAGGCCCCGCCCCGGCUCCUCUCGUGCAGAAUCUCGCGAGCUUUGACGCCGCGGGGUCGGCCCGGGCGGCUGCAAUAUGGCGGAGGCGGAAGGGGAAAGCCUGGAGUCCUGGCUCAAUAAAGCCACCAAUCCUUCCAACCGCCAGGAGGACUGGGAAUACAUCAUUGGCUUCUGUGAUCAGAUCAACAAAGAGCUUGAAGGGCCACAGAUUGCCGUCCGACUGCUGGCCCACAAGAUCCAGUCGCCGCAGGAAUGGGAGGCAGUCCAGGCCCUGACGGUGCUGGAGGCGUGCAUGAAGAACUGCGGGAGGAGGUUCCACAGCGAAGUGGGGAAGUUCCGGUUUCUGAAUGAGUUAAUCAAAGUUGUCUCCCCAAAGUACCUGGGGGACAGGGUGUCUGAGAAAGUGAAGACCAAGAUCAUCGAGCUGCUCUACAGCUGGACAGUGGCCCUGCCGGAAGAAGCCAAGAUCAAAGAUGCCUACCACAUGUUGAAGAGGCAGGGCAUAGUGCAGUCUGACCCCCUGACCCCUGCGGACAGGACGCUGAUCCCCUCACCGCCACCUCGUCCCAAAAACCCUGUAUUUGACGAUGAGGAGAAAUCCAAGCUCCUAGCCAAGCUGCUAAAGAGCAAGAACCCCGAUGACCUGCAAGAGGCCAACAAGCUCAUAAAGUCCAUGGUGAAGGAAGACGAGGCGCGGAUCCAGAAGGUGACCAAGCGCCUGCACACCCUGGAGGAGGUGAACAACAAUGCGAAGCUGCUGGGCGAGAUGCUGCUGCAUUACAGCCGCGAGGACUCCUCGCAAGGAGACCGGGAACUCAUGAAGGAACUCUUUGAUCGGUGUGAGAGCAAGAGGCGAACCUUAUUUAAACUAGCCAGUGAGACAGAGGACAAUGACAGUAGUCUGGGGGACAUCCUGCAGGCCAGUGACAACCUCUCCCGGGUCAUCAACUCCUAUAAGACAAUUAUCGAGGGGCAGGUUGUUAAUGGUGAGACCUCAGCCAUGCCAGACUCUGAAGGAAACCUUCACUCCAGUAACCAAGGCACUCUCAUCGACCUUGCCGAGUCGGACACACCAAAGGAUUCAGCCCCCGCCCCUGCUUCCUCAGGCAUCCCUAUCCUCCCUCCGCCCCCCCAGGCCACAGGACCUCCCCGCAGCCGCACAUCCAGCCAGGCCGAGGCCCCACCCAGGCCCAACAGCACGAGCAACGCCCUCUCCUUGCUGGACGAAGAGCUGCUCUGCCUGGGCAUUGCUGACCCAGCCCCCAGUGCCCCUCCCAAGGAGACAGCGGGAACUAGCCCGUGGCACCUGUUCCAGGGUGAACCAUCCGACCUGGACUUCUUUGGUGCCAAGUCCGUGGCUACCACUGGCUUCUGCUCAGAGGGUCCUCUGCUCCAACCCCCAGUCCCACCCUUGAGCACCUCCCAAACGCCCCUGCUGCCUCCCUUCCCAGCGCCCAGGGUCCCAGCCAACGUUCCUGCUCCUAGUGCAGGCUCCUUGUUCUCUGCUGGCCUGGCCUCGGCUUUGACCCCAAAGGCUGAGCCCACAGUCCCUGGGAACUGUGGCUCAGUGUCUGGUGACAGCACCCUACACCACCUGGACACUCUGGACCAGCUCCUACAAGAGGCCAAAGCGACCUCGGGCUUGGUGAAACCCGGUUCCUCCCGCUUCUCUCCAGGAGCUGCUGCUUCCCCUCUGACCACCCCUACUGCCCCAGCCAGGCCCCUCCUGCCCUUCUCCGCCGGGCCAGGCAGCCCUCUCUUCCAGCCGCCAGCCUUGCAGCCCCAGGACAGCCCCAUAAAAGGGCCUGAGCUCUCGCUGGCCAGUGUCCAUGUGCCCCUGGAGUCCAUCAAGCCCAGCAGUGCCCUUCCUGUCACAGCCUAUGACAAAAAUGGCUUCCGCAUCCUCUUCCACUUCGCCAAGGAGUGCCCGCCGGGGCGGCCUGACGUGCUGGUGGUAGUGGUGUCCAUGCUGAAUACGGCCCCCGUGGCUGUCCGGAGCAUCGUGCUGCAGGCGGCAGUGCCCAAGACAAUGAAAGUCAAGCUGCAGCCCCCCUCGGGGACAGAACUGUCUCCCUUCAGCCCCGUCCAGCCACCUGCAGCCAUCACCCAGGUCAUGCUGCUGGCCAAUCCACUGAAGGAGAAGGUGCGGCUCCGCUACAGGUUGACCUUCGCCCUCGGGGAGCAGCUGAGCACGGAGGUGGGAGAGGUGGACCAGUUCCCACCUGUGGAGCGGUGGGGGAACCUAUGACCCCAGAAUGCACCUCAUCUCUGAAGCCCAGCAGGCCAGCUAGGACAAGGAGGGCCCCGUCCGGUCACUCUCCAUGUCCUGGUAGCAGUGAGUGGAGCGUGACGUGGACCGGGCCGGGGUCUCUGCUGGAGUCAAGCUGCUGCUGUGAUACUUGCCCUGUGGCCCUAAAAGGACCCGUUUUCAUCUACCUGUGUGACUUGAACUGGCCAUAUACCGUCAGGGAUGGGGAGUGGCCCUGACCUUCCUGUCCUGGCACCAGGGAUGGCCCUGGCCAGGAGGAGGUUUUCCCUUUGUACUGGCAUUCCUUGAUGCCCUGGGGGCAGUUUUCUUCACCUUCCAGAGGCUCCACUGCUGUUCCAGCUUCCCUGCUGGCUGGCCCUUGCACCCCUCCAUCUCAACCUUGUGUUGCAGCAGC